CGCAGUGUUCUUUGCACAUGUAUUUGGGUCAAAGAGAAAAAUAGAUUUUCUCGUUGUUUUAUUUGAAAAGAUUUGAAAAGAUUUAAUAUUAAAAGUCGUCAAUAAACAUGUCUAAAGAUGCUGAAAUGAAGGACGCUCGGGAGAGUAAUGAAGAGAAGAACGACUCUGCGAACACAGAGUUGUCUAAAGCAGAACUCGAAAAAUUAGCACUUGAAGGUAUGUGUGUCAGUGUUGACAGUGGUGACUGGCCAAACAGUAUAACGAUCUGUGCCAGUGUAGGCAGUGUCAGAUGAAUAUGGAUUCAACUACCUGAAAAAUAAGUUUCGAAGUUUCGAACCAAGGCCCUUUGUUGGGAAGUUAGUAGCAACUGGAAACGUUGCUUGUAUUUUAUUUUCAGGUAGCAAAUGAAUCCCUAUGACUCUAUCCAUCUCAAUUUCCUAUAUACUGUCAAGAUAAUAAUCGUCUUUGAAGAAGUAAUGCAUAUAUAUUAUAAAACAGUUAUCUACAUGCUUACCACUAUUCAGACGCAUGUUCACAUUGACAAAUGUGGCAGAAAAAUGUUAUGGUUAUAGGAAUUGUUUAACCCAGCAAGCUGCAUUGUGACCAAAUGCACCAAACUUUAUUAUUUUAUUAAUCUGUCUAUCUAAUGCACCAAUCAAUGUUUUGCUUGAGCCUGGAGAAGGCAGGCAAACACAUGGGUAUUUGACAUUUUCAAUGUUGUGGAUUGAACAUGUCAAGUACCCCUGUGUUUGCCCACUCUCCCUGGUGUUGAGCAAAAAAUUGAUUGGUGCAAAUACCAGACAAUUUGUCAAGGCAUGCUCUUCAAACACAUCAAGGCAUGCUCUUCAUGUGCCAAACUUAAGCCUCGGUAUGGGCGUCCAGAAGGGACAAAAUUAUGAACACACACACACAAUUAAGUCCAAUGCUUGUAAACACUAUGAAAGGUCACACAUGUAAUAUGAAACGCUCACAAAAGACAUUAGAACCACGUGCAAGUAAGCCGAACCUCUACACACAAAAAAGUUGAACUUUCUUCGUGGGGGUUCGGCAAAUUAGCAUGUUAAUUUAUUUAGGACGAAAAAAUUUGCAUACAUUUCCGCACUUUGUUUACGGCGUAAUAGCGGGAGAAUGUUGCGAUUUCCCGGGUUUAAACUACAAAGCACUCUUUUGGCACACAUGUUUGGCUUGAAUAGGGAUACUUUUUAAUUGCAUACAACAGCAUGGAAGAGGAUAACUUGCAUGUGACGGAAGAUAGAAUUCAGUCGUUGGUCCGGGGGAUGGUUGGCAAAUAAUUUGUCCCAGACAAUAGGCCCUAUGCAAUAGGCCCAGGCAAUAUCAGCAAUUUGGUGCCACUGAAGAUGAUCAUGAAAUAAACAAUCGAUUUUGCUGAGAACUAGAGCUGAAAACAAUAAUGCCAUUCAUGCCAACUCGCCAUCGCCGUUGACCCCGUGAAACAGUGUAAAUGGUCCUGUUAUUAUUUCAGUGAUUUCGUGUGCGAGUUCAAGUUUAAACACAAGCAUCCUAGUACAAGGAAAUAGCACAAAAGAGCAAUUUAUACUAUGACUUGCAACGAAGAUCUGGCCCUGGACCAACAAGACAACGUGGUCUGGCGGUCUUGUAUUAAUACUCGACGCCGUGCAAAAACCUCUUCUGAAAAGAACAAAUAUUUCCUGAAAGAUGUUUUUGCCUGCUUUCUCCAAGGGGUGAAUAUAAAAUCGACCUGCAAAGACUACACAAAGUAGAGGAAGUAACAAGCCCCCCUAACAACAGGACCAUUUGCACUGUUUCUCGGCGUCAGCGUUUCCCGUUAUCAGCUCUAGUUCUCGGCAAGCUUCAGUGGCACCAAAUUGCUGAUCUUGCCUGGGCCUAUUAUCUGGGACAGAUAGUUCGCCAACUAUCCCCUGGACCAACGGCACUCUUUUGGCUCACAUGUUUGACUUAGCAUGGAAGAGGAUAACUUGCAUACAUGUGACGGAAGAUAGAAUUCAGCCUUUGUAGUUAAAACGCGGGAAAUCGCAACAUUUUAUUCUCCCGCCGUAAACAAAGUGCAGAAAUGUAUGCAAAUUUUUCAUCCUAAAUAAAUUAACAUGCUAAUUUGCCGAACCCCACACGAAGAAAGUUCGACUUUUUUGUGUGUGACAUUUCGACUUGUGUGUGAGAGGUUCGUAUUGCGUGUGUGACAUUUCGACUUGUGUGUGAGAGGUUCGGCUUAUUUGCGCAUGGUUCGAAUGUCUUUUUUGAGUGUUUCGUAUUACAUGUGUGAGAUUUCAUAGUGUUUACAAGCAUUGGACUUAAUUGUGUGUGUGUUCAUAAUUUUAUCCCUUUUGGACGCCUCAUACCAUAGGUCAAACAGAACAGUCUUUAGUUGGAUGAGAGUUGAUGAUUGAAAACUCUCAUCAAAAUUUUUACUAGCUCAAAGUUUAUCAGAGUGCAUGAGAGUCAAUGAGAUUGGCAGUAAAACACGAGCGAGAGUUGCAACUCUCUUCAACUAUCAUCCUUGUUUGCCCGAGGCUUUAAUUGUAUUAGAUACAAAAUUAAACAAGAAUGGCAACGCAUGAUUCAAACAGCAUAAAAAUAUAAUAUUAUUGCCAGGCCUGAAUAUUAGCGGCCGGUCACGGACAUUGUCCGGUACAAAUCCGCAAUUUCAACCGUUUUGACAGGUACUAUUUCGAUUGCAUUGGUCACUUUGUCCGGUAAAUGGUUCGGCAAAAAUCAUUGUCCAUUUUGGGACAAGGAACCUUAAACCGAUCGUCUUUUAACUUUUUGAGAGCAAUUGUGCAUGUUGACACAUGAGAUUGGCUAAAAUAAUUAUUUCGCAAAGAAUCGAAAGAUUGCAUAAUACCACGCAUUGGUGUUGCGAGUUUCUCGCGAUAUCGAGUCCAGAAUGCGAGUGGCGAAGAAGCGUGGUGCCAUUGUAACAAACUAAAGUAUAGUCAUAGUUAUUAUUUGAGCAUUUGGACUUAUUCAUUUUUAUAGAGAUAGACAUGAUUUAUUGAUUUCAUGACCUCAUUCACUAACUUGACCACUUGAGUUCAAUUAUUUGUUUCUAAACUUUCUAUAAAUAUAAAUAAAUAAAUAAAUGUUCCCAGUAUUAGCACUUAAUUUCUUCAACUGCAGCACUAACUAGUCUAACUACAUGCCUACAUAUGACUUUUGCAUGUCCUGUUUACUAUUAGUUACUAUUAUUUUAGUAAUUAGUAUGGAACCAAAUAUACCGAUGCUUGUUUUGGUGACCGAUACAUUUUAUUUUGUGACAGGCGCAAUUUCAAUGAUGCUGGUCAUUGUGACAGGCAGGGCACAAAAAAUUAUAUUCAGGCCUGAUUAUUGCAAAGGUUGGAGCGCAUUCGUGAGCGAAUCCUAACAAAAUUCAAAACAAAUAAGUCUAUUUUUCAAAAAAUUACAACAUGGCUAAUCUAAUACUAACAAAUUUGAAAAAGGUGGGUUAUGUUUGGCACAUAUAUGAGUGGAGCAGCAUGACAUGCUCUACCAAACUUGUGUCAAUCUUUUGCCACUCCAAAGUCUACCAUACUGAAUUGAUUCAUACUGUAAGUCGCUCUGUCAUACCUAAUUUGUCAAUUAAGUUCAGCAAAUGAAAAAUAUGCUGUCUAAAACAAGCCUAUAAGCUGGAAUGGGCCUAAAUGCACCCAACUGUAUUAUUUUACUUUGUCUAACACCAGACAAUUUUUCCUUGCCAAGAGAAGAGUCUUGCACAUCAACUUCCGUCCUGAUCCAGAAUUAUGCUUUCCAGGUAGCUGUGCCAGUUUAACAGGGUGUAUGCCAGUGUUUGUGUCAGUUUAAAGUACAGCCCACUUAUUAGCCUGCGUAGCAGGCGUUUAGUGCGGGUGGGAUAAGAGAGGGCGUCGUUAAAUAAACGCCUGCCCAAAUGCCUAUGACAAAUUUGUUCUUCUCCGAAGAAUCUUCGGAAAAGCUUCCCAUUGGUUAAUCUCGUUAACGGAAGUAAUUACGUAACUCAAAUGUCAACAACAAUUUUGCUCGCGUGUCGAAUAGCGAUAGCCGUAUAUUUCUCAUUAAAAAAUAUGCCUGUUAAUGCUUUGGAGGAAACUCUUUCUUAUAUUUCAAGUAUUUAGGCUUCGAAAUUCAGUUGAAACCAGAACAGAGAAAGUCUAUUAUUAAUUUGCUACGUGGUGAAGACGCCGGUUAUCGCGAUUAUUCCAACGGGAUACGGAAAAGUUUGAGUUUCAAUAAAUACAUUUAUAUCAUUCGGCAAAUUAUUUUAAUAGCUCUGAUCAUCUGAUGCCAGCACGAGCAGGGAUCGAAUAUUUCCUAUAGUUGUCUUGAUAUUUGUUGAGGCUACAUUUAUACUUGGCAUUGCAGCUAUGAAGUUGGACGAUGAUUUUAUAAAGAAUAUUAACAUUUCAAAACACGCUCAACUGUUAGUGGUUCAGGAGCCUUUUAAAGGAUAAAAGCUCUUGUGUGACUGUUGUCUAAAAUAGCUUCAAAAAGUCAUUAAUAAUUCAUGAGGAGAACGCAAAGAAAAAUCAUAAACGUGUCGUAUCUUUAUAUGUGAUAGAGAUUUCCUUGUUUACAUAAACUUUAACUUUGAUUUUCUCGACAUACACAACGAAUUUUUUGAAAUUUACUUCUCCAAUGAACUUACUAGAAUUAAAACAUUCGCAGUGCGUGUUUUAUCAGACCAUCUUUAUUUCUGAUAUAAAUAGUACAUAAAAUCUAUGCAAAUCUCCCUAGUUGCCGAGCAAACGGUAUGCAUGAUGCUAAAUAUAAAUCUCGACUAUGAUUGGAUAAUGGGUGACGGUGCUAAUUACAAAACGUCAAUCAUCCUUAAUGGGCGAAAACUAACUUGUCAUAGCCAUUUGGGCAGGCGUUUCCUCAAACGACGCCCUUUCUUCUCCCGCUCGCACUAAACGCCUGCUAAGCAGGCUACCCACUUAUUGGCAAAGCUUGCAGGCCCGAAAACACAAAAACUAUAGCAUAUCACUCAUCACCUGAAGCUCAUCCCUCUGGACGGGAAUGUCGUCCCUUGGGAUCGUAAUCCUGUCCCAUGGAUAAGAAUCUCAGGGUACAGAUUAAUAUGUCGCGAUUUCCAAAUGACAAUGCUCUUUUGAAGAUAUGCGAUAUAAAAAAGUGCAAAUAAAACAAAAAACCGUGAUACAGUACAUAAUAAUUGUUUGUCAAAUCACCACUUUUUUCCAAUAUUUUGACAGAAACUGCAUCUUGUGAUGACCUGUUUAUUUAAACCAUACAGCCAAGACGCAGUACCUAUAUUAUUUAUCUUUUCACCAAGAUUUAAUGUAAAACAAAUAUUUAUUACAACAAAAUCGGUAUAAAUUAGUGACAAUAAUAAUUUAUAUUAAUGUGUUCACAGAGGUUCAACUAUUAUUGCAAUUAAAUGAACCAAUCAUAAUUCAAAAAUUUUGAUCCUGUACAUCUUGGGGGAAAGUAUUGAAUAUAAGGAAAAAAACUUUUUGAAAAUAGAAAUUCACACAUAUAGUGACAUAGAAGACGUGCCUAAACUUAAGACGGAGAAAAACUGGGAGAAAGAAUACAACAUUAAACUUGAAUGGGAUAUAUAGAUAUUACGGUUUAAAUACCAUAAUGCCAGAAAGAUCAAUUAAAGUAAACCCAAAUGAUCGUCCGUGGAUGACUAGCCAUUUGAAACGGCUUAUUUUACAAAGACAAAAAGCAUUUGCCUUAGGUAACAAUUUCGUGUUUAAAUUGCUGCGAAACAAAGUAAAUCGGGAAAGAAAACGUUGUCGUAAAGUAUACUAUAAGAAAAAAGUUAGCAACCUCCUGGAUUCGAAACCUAAAGACUGGUGGCGAGAGGUAAAACAGCUCAGUGGUCAGCAAUCAACACGGCCAGACCUCAGAUCCAUGAUUAUAUUUGACGUUGGGGUCAGUGAUGAAGGUUUAGGAAAUAGGAUUAACGAGGCCUUUAUCAGUGUCAUGAAAGAUUUCCCCCCGCUGCAUGCCUGAAGAUUUUAACCUAUCGACUGACAAUGAUGAACCAAUUAGCGUCUCAGAAACAACAGUGGAGCAGCUACUGCGUGCAAUCAGUGUUUCCAAAGCUAGCGGUCCUGAUGAGCUCCCCAAUUGGGUUCUAAAGAGCUUUUCUGACAUUCUGGCACCUGCAGUUACUCAUAUAUUUAAUGCAUCCUUCCGUGAAUGCAAGGUGCCUAGGGUAGGGAAAAUAGCAAAUGUGCCACCUGUUCCUAAAGCCAAAAACAUUACAGAUUUUAACAAGGACUUCAGGCCAAUAUCCUUAACUUCAACAUUGUCAAAAAUUGCAGAAAACCUCAUCAUCGAGUAUGAAUUAAAAUCUAAUCUACUAAGAAACAUAGACCCGUGCAAUGCAAUUUGGCUUUAUCCCACGGUCAAACACGACUCUUGCGCUUAUUUCAAUGAUGCAUACCUGGCUAGAUGCACUUGAUGGGACGGGCUCUACAGUAAGAGUCGCUCUACUUGAUUAUCGCAAAGCCUUCGACCUAGUCGACCACAAUCUACUUGUUGCAAAACUAUCCAAUUAUGAAAUAAAGCCAACGGUUGUAAAUUGGAUAGCUGACUUUCUUCGUGGUAGAACUCAGUGAAUUAAAAUAAACUCUGUGCAUUCAAAUUUUUUACAAGUUCCUGCCGGUAUUCCACAGGGAACGAAAAUCGGACCCUGGCUAUUCCUAGCAAUAAUAAAUGAUCUAUGUAUUACAAAAUCCACGACUAGCAACCUGUGGAAAUUUGCAGACGUAAACUUCGGUUUCCGAAGUUAUUCCAAAAGAUGGUGUUAGUUCCCUGCCAGAUAGAGUAGACGAAGUAAAUAAAUGGUCGAAUGACAACAAAUUUCAACUGAACCCUGGCAAAUGUAAAGAGCGAGGAUAAACUUUACCACGCAACCCUUUACUGAGGAACCCCUAAAUAUAAACGGGAAGCCAUUUGAAAUUGUAAAAUCCGCAAAAGUUCUGGGCAUGAUAGUUACCAAUGAUUUGGAAUGGAACAAACAUGUAAGCAAUACCGUGGAAAAGGCUUCUAAGAGACUUUAUUUAUUAAGGCAAUUAAAACGUGCUGAAGUGGAAACUAGAUCCUUAUACAAGUUUUAUACCGCAUGUAUAAGAUCUGUCGUUGAGUAUGCUUGCCACGUCUUCCACUCGAGUCUCCCUAACUAUACCUAUCAAUGGAAAUUGAAAGUAUUCAGAAGCGCUACGGAUUAUCCACCCAGACUCGAGUUACAUCGAAGCAUUAAAAAAGGCAAAGUUAGAAACAUUGUACGAUCGAAGGGAAAAGUUGUGUGUAAAACUAUUUUCAUCAAUCGAAGCAAAUAAUGAUCAUAAGUUAAAGGAACUAUUGCCACCGAAAAAUUCACAACCAAACAAUCUCAGAACAAACAGAAAAUAUAAUCUUCCCAAGAUGCACACGAACAGAUUUAGUAAUUCCUUUAUUCCAUAUUGCGCACGUAAUGCAACCUUGUAGGUAAUUUCAGAUCGUUAAUAUUUUAAAUAGUUAUGAACAUACAUUUACAUUUAGAUUUUAGACUUUUUAUUAGAGACAACACGAUGUGUAAAAACAUGAUAUGUAAACAUAUAUAGGUACAUACAUAUAUUUAUAAAUAUAUUUAUAUUCAUAUAUUCUCAUUUUUGUAAAUUCAAUAGUAAUUCAGUUCACAAGACUGUAAAUAUUGAUUCAAUUAAAUGUUCUAUCUAUAUCUAUCUAUCUAUAUAUCUACAACCUGGUGAAAAUGUCGGAAACAUUCGAUGCUCGACGUGUAAUGAAAACGACAAUCGGGCCGAUCGGCUCCAAGGGUUGAAAAACUACAGUAUAGUCGUGCAUGGGUCGAAUGCUCCAAAAGCGCGACCUCUGAUUCUCUCGAUAAGCAUGUCAACACUGAUAUGCACAAGCAUGCUGUUGAUACUGUAUAGCAAUGAAAAAACAUCUUGGCUUCGAACGAUAUACCGAAAAUGUAAUGAAAAACACUCCGAUUGGGAAGUCAACAACCAAGAUGAAAGAGCACUCAGAAGAAGUCUUAAAAAUGCGGUUCAACACGGCCUAUUGCCUUGCCAAGAAGGGCUUCAAGGAGAAGCCAUUUAAUGACUACCCCGAAUUACUGGCACUACAAGAAAAAAAAAUGGAAUUGACAAACAAAGAGAAUACCGCACUCCUCUGAAAGCUACAGCAAAUUUCAUUGACUUUUACUGUAUAUAGCAGAACAAUUUAAAGCUCCCCUGAAAGAAAUUCUCGUGAAGGCUGAGUAUUAGUCCAUUUUGACUGAUGGCAGUACGGACACAAGUGUAAUCACAGUCGUAUAUUUAACAACGACGCUUGUAUGUCGCACGAAAUAAAAAUUAUACACGCAGUCAGCACUUACUAUCUUCAGAUGUUCUUGCGUUUUUCGGCAGCCCAGGUGGUCCAGCUCCCUUUGACGUAGCAGCUUUAACAGCGACAACGUAGGUGGUUUAUUAUUAUUUAACAAUUAUCUCAUUCUAUUAACUGUGAUGUAAUUGAUCAAGAACUUAUUUACGUUAUGUUCCUCAAUGAUGGACAAUUCAAUAUGAAAUUCCUUAGCGUCGAAAACCCUGCAGUGGCGGAUGCCAAUCAUUUGGUCGAGUGUAUUAUAAGGAAGCAUUUAAUCGCAUAGGCAUAGUAGAUUAUUCCUCCCGUUUGCAUGGGCUGAAUGUGGAUAGAGCUUCCGUCAUGCAACCUGGGAGUCCACUGACAAAGAGGUGUUGCAGCACUUUUGAAGCGGGAAUCUCCCUGGAAAUAACCCUGGUUAACUGCCAUACAUUGCUUCAAUCACAUGCAGGAUCGAGCUGGCUGCAAAGAACGUAUUUGGAAACUCUGUGUUUGAAGAAAUUGACCUAAUCCUUGCGUUCUUCUACAAGAUUUAUCGAAACAGUUCCAAAAGAUUGAAAGCGCUGAAGGAGCUUGGUACUGCAUUGGGAGAAAAACUGCCAAGAUCUUUCAAGGCAUCAGGAACUGUACUCAUAAAGAUUGUUUUAAAGCACUAUGGAGCAUAUAUGAUGCAUCUUGAAGAACUUUCAAAAAAUGAUAGUCAAACCGAAAAGCGGGGACAGUUCAAUGGUUAUCUUAACAAGUGGGAGCAUGGGAAAUGCCCAAUAUCCAUCGCUAUUUAUCUUGAUGUCUUACUGUAUCUAUCUUGUCUAGAAUGUCUCUCAGUGAGCAAAAGCAACAACAUGACCCCGUGAAAGCAGUUCGUCGAAUACAAGAAUUCAAAUGGACAAUGCUUAAAUUACACGGACAUGUCCGAGAAGCGUUAGAUCACAACGAACUGAACCAAGCGGAAUAAUCUGGCCUCACUUAUACAAAUUUAGAAGUGAAGUUACGUUCGAAGAUGAUAACUCAUUCGUUUACCAAGGAAGAAGGCUGAAAAAUUUUGAAGCUGCAAGUGAACGGAGAAGUAAGGAAGAUUUACCGAUUGACUAUAAAUUGCUGCUCUUUCUGAUGCCGUCCGCGGUCGGUUUGAAAGUUUAUCCAUCUGUCUUGUGUUCAAACAUUUGGUAGAUAUUCUCGACUGCACCAGAUGGCCAACUGAUGUAACUCAGCUUCUAUCUUAUGGAGAUUUGAACAUGACUGAACUUAUCAAGCAUUUCACGCCGUUAUUAGAGCGUGAUCUUUGUGAUAUAGCAGAGAUUCCUGCAUGCAGAGUGGGAUAUACUGAAGAAUCGACUUUGUCAUUUGAUACACCCUAUAAUAGCAGUUAUCUGGAUGUCUGGUCUAUAGAAUGCUUACCUCAGGGGAAAUUCGGAAAGAGUGCGCUAAUGUGCUGUAUAUUAUCGAGUUAUUGCGAACGAAUGGUUAGCACUAUGGGAAGAGUAAAAACAGACUGGCGUAAUCGACUUGAAGAUCGACUGGAAGCGAAUCUCAGAAUCCAGGAAUGUGACUCGAUUGAUGAUUUCUGCCCAGACGCAGCGAUCGAAUGGUUCAAUGUCAAAAUUCGACGACCGGAUUGUUCUAGGCAUAGCUAUCCAAAAAAACGCAAAACAAUCUCGUAAAAAGGAGAUGUGAUUGACAUCACCGAACUGACUAUGUCUUAUUUAGAAAACGGUGAUCUAGACUCCGACGAUAAAAUCGAUUUCUGACUCUAAAAUCUAGAUUAAAUUUCUAGUCAACUUGUAUUACAUUGGCUGUAAAUGUCUUUAUAUUAUAACGUAUACAACUUUUUUCAAAACAUAUUUCAAAACAGUACAGAGGUUUAUCCGUAAUUUUCUUUUCUCUAUUUGAAACGUUGUAGAAAUUAAGUUCAUGUGAAUGCCUUUUACCAUUUUGAGGGUUUUGUUAUUACCGCCAUUAAUUAGUUUAUUUUAAUUCCUCAAUAACAUCGUUAUCCGCGACGAGAAAGCGAGAAGCCAUUGUUUUUAUUGCUAUUUAAUCUGUAUUUAUAAAAGAAACUUCCCGCGCUCGCCGCUUUCGUCUCGGCCAAUUAGGUACAAGUAAUUUUGCCCUGAAUGAAGAAAAAAUGCCCUCCUCAUUAGCCAAUCAUAUAUAUGAGUAAUUUUGCCCUCUAUAUGAUUAAGUGCAGUAAGCAAGGGAAACAAACAAAACAUGAUUAAAUCUAAAACUUCGAUAGGAAAUCCAAGUCUCUAUAUUUCAACGGCUUUGAGGUGGCGUUUUGCUUCUUCCUUCAAUUUUACUAUACGUUCCUCGCUGUGGUGGUUUAACCUUCCCAAUUUAGUUGUCUUGACCACACAACAGACAGUCAACAAAUGACAGCAAAUUUUACAUAUUGAUAUAAUCCCUCACACGAUUCCCGUCCCACGGGACAAAUUUCCCGUCCCGCAGGACGGAAAAUUCUUCCCGGGUAACGGGAUUUUUAUUCCGCGGGACGAGAAAUUUUCCGUCCCGCACGUGACUGUUAACUUUCCCGUGCAUGAACAGUACUGUAGGUGGCAGUACAUUAGUUUGGUUGGUGGCACGACCAGACCAUGGCUAGGAAGUCUGUGCACUAUAAUUUAGAAAUCUUGAGUUUCUAAAAUGGCAUUCCCUGCAAUCUCGAGACGAUGAGGUGAUUGAGAUGCAGAAGCUAUGUCAUCUAUAAUCGGACAAAGUUUCAUAUUAAGUUUUCGGGUUUUCCCGAUCUGAUCUUUUUUGGUGGAAGGACAAUACUUACUUUGCAAAAAUCAAUAUUUUGGCUACAACUGCGCUGCCAGUUAGAUGUGCUGCAAUCAAUAGUGGAGACUCCCUGCAGGGAAGCACUUGGAAUGCAGUCUAGAUUUUCAUGUCUUGGCAUAAAAUAGGUUGAAUAUUUUGGAAUGGAAAAAAUAUUGAUAUUUUUCAGUAAUUGGCAUUCGAUAUUUUUGUUCGGUGCUGCAACAACCUACAUUGGUAUUUCUGUCUUGGCAUAAAAUAGGUUGAAUAUUUUGGAAUGGAAAAAAUAUUGAUAUUUUUCAGUAAUUGGCAUUCGAUAUUUUUGUUUAGUGCUGCAACAACCUGCAUUGGUAUUUCUGUCUUGGCAUAAAAUAGGUUGAAUAUUUUGGAAUGGAAAAAAUAUUGAUAUUAUUAGUAUUAUUUUUCAGUAAUUGGCAUUCCAUAUUUUUGUUCAGUGCUGCAACAACCUACAUUGGUAUUUGUGUGUUUUUAGACUUCAAAGAUCAUGUAAAACAUAUAGAAAAAGGUGUAAACAGCAAAGAACCUCAUUUCGUUUUGAGAGUUCUGAGAUCUCUUUCGUCCACCAGGAAAAAACUGAACCAUCCAUUGUUGAGAAAACUUAUUACUGGAUAUUUCGUUCAAGGUAACAUAAUUUCCUUAGUUCUUAAAGGUGAUGUAAAGUCCGUAAUGUAAACAAACGCUUUGUUUACAUUUUGAACUCAGUGCUACAGUUGUAAAAUACGAUUAGAUAUAUAUUAUACUGAAUUUUUAACACUCUUCUGGUUCGCUAUGCUUGUGAAUUAAUACAGACUAGAGAUUCAAUUCAAGAAAGUUCGGAAGGUGCGAAAUAUUAACAACAUUCCAUUGGAAUGUAGCCUGCGCAGAACGGACUUUACAUCACCUUUAAGGUUUGUUUACAUAAACAAGGGAGGAUAUUUGUAUGAUCCUGUGAAGGACAUGUACUGAUGUAUGUUGCAGAAAAAAUUCAUAAUAAUAAGUUAACAUCAGUUUUGUAAUUUUUAGCAUCACAAGCAAAGCAUGAACUGCUGAAGUUCUUGGAUGAGGUAACUGUAUUUUGUUGUACUCAGGGAUUGUAAUGCAUUGUUGGACAAUCAAUAAUUGGGGAUAAGCCAAUGAUGAAAAUCCAAUUUACCGAGAUAUGAUAAAUUCCUGUACAAAUAAUUAAGUCACACAAGACCAACAACACUCCAUUAUUACAUUUAUUUUAUGCUAAGAUUUCGAGCGUGCUUUCACCAGUAGGGAUGGAACCUAUAUAUCUCGUCGAAAUGCAUCAGCAUGAAUAAUCAAGCACCAUCAUCAGCAUAGGGAUUACUAUACUGUAUAAAUCCAUACCUCCUCCGCAUGGUAUCUCCUCCAUACCCAAUAUAACUACUAGUUAGCCAUCAUAAUGAAAAAACUAAGCAAAUAACCAAUGAAAACUAUAUUCAUCGAAAUGAUCAGAGUAAUCUCUUUGCCUUAAUUGGUACUGACACCAUCAACACCAAGUAGAAUUGAGGCGUGCUAUACAUGCAAUACAAGGUACAAGAAAGUUGACGACAAGGAACGGGAGACACCUGUGUGGGAAAUUUGAAAUGACUGAGUGCACAGCUUGUUAGUGACUAUAAUAAUAAUUAUUCGUUUCUUUUGAGCCCAGUAUAUACUGUAUAUACGUCCAUGCACUAGUAUACCGGAUUCCCUGUUAAUUUCCUUUUAUUGUACCAUUAAAAUACAUCAAGGAUUCUGCCCAACUCGUAUUUCGCUUGCCUGCCAGUAUAGAACAAAAUAGACCUUGAUUACAGAAGAACUCUUGCAAAAGAAAGGAGUCUAAAUUUUCAUUUUUUCUUUACUUCUAAAUCCACGAAUUCAACCCACUGGCAACAGCCAUUGUACUGUGCUAUUACAAUAGCUGUGUAGAAACUCCAGCCUCAUCAAUUAUAUAUAGUAAUUUUGUCAUGGCUGUAAAUUGUACAUUUAAUACUGUUUAGCCUAUGGAAACAGAUGUGUUGACCGUAUACCGACCGCGAACAGGAAAAGCAGCUGCCACUCCUGUAUUGCCUGAAGUUGAGUUUUACUUUCACCUUCUGGUUGUUAUUCACUUGAUUGAUACCAAGGCUUAUGAAAAGGUAAAAUAUUAAAGGAAUACCGAAUGGUUUUUUACGCUUUCCGAAACUGUUUUGGUGAACUUGCCGCUCGUUUAAUAUACUGUUAUUGUUUAUUUCACGCAUUGAAAUGUUUUCGUUCCGACAUUUUGAAAACCCCGCGGAAGGCAUUUAAUACCUGUACAGGAUUGUCUCAUCCUGCACGGGUAUUGACCAAUCAGAUUGCGUGUUUCACUGUAGUUAUUACUGUAUAUAAUCUUUUUUUACCAUCAUGCUCCACCAGUACACUAAUGCAUGAAUAUCAUUGAAUAGACCAUUCCCAUUUUAAGUGAAAUUGUGAUCUAGACAAGUCUGGACAAAAAUUUCAUCACAGCUUGAAAGAGCAUCACAAAAUUAGUAAUAUUCCGAAGUUUCGUUGCGAAAUGUUGUAAAAUGCGGAUAAUAUAGCCUUGCGAAGUUUGCCGUUUUUCAGUCAUUUGGUAUUACAAACGGGAAAUUGAUAAUCAGUUUGAUCAUCUGAUUAUCAAUUUUCCAUUUUUAAUACAAAAUGGCUGAAAAACGGCAAUCUUCGCAGGGCUAUAUUAUCCUCAUUUUACAACAUUUUGCAACGAAACUUCGGAAUAUUACUAAUUUUGUGAUGCUCUUUCAAGCUGUGGUGAAAUUUUUGUCCUGUAAUAAUACAAGUACUGUAUAUAAUCGAUAUUACAAAUCCUUCAAUUAUUCUUGCUUGAAUUGUUAUUGGAUAUUUUCUGAAAUUUGUCGGUCUAUUAUUCCGCAGCCAGAACGUUGAAAAACGGACAUUUUCCUGAAUUGAUUUUGUUCAUGUCUUACAAAACUAUAUCUGAAAUUAAUUAGAGUUGCAAUUUGAACAGUUGUUAACGUAAGUCACUUUUUACUCAUUACACUAACAGCCAUGUUCACAUGAACCCGGAACAGCUUCAUGUCUCGAGGCAAGCAAUUCUCCCUGGACAAUAAUUCUCGCCGCUCCUUAAUAAAUCAGUAAUGCUGUCUACUUUAUAUUUUACUUAUCCCUGCCGGGACAAGACCUUUUGGUAAAGCGAUCUAAAUUGCACGGCUAAAAUUACAUUUAGAGCAUGUUAGACUCCACAAAAACGUGUUGUUUCUUUGAAGAUAUCAUUAGCAAUCUAUAUAUAAGUGAUGAUGCUGAUAAUAUUAAAAUAAAGUUGUCGCUGGUAUUAUCUUUGAUAAUUCGAAACCAUCGUGGAUUUGACCAAUUUAAUAGCAAGUUAAUUCGACGUAUGGAAGUAGGUAAAAAGGCCUUACCUUUUACAUUUAUUUCUAUUUUAUACUUUAUGUUUCAGGCGUUAAAAUGUUCCACGUUACUUCUACAAAAGUCAGAGCUACACAACAGGCGAACGUUAGAUCUGAUCUUGGCUAAAUGUUUUUUCUAUCACUCCAGAACAUACGAACUACUUGAGCGAUUAGACGAAAUCAGAAGGUGCGUAUCUUUAGAAACUACUGUAAAACGCAUUGUCAUUGUACUGUAUCAAAUGGAAUACAUUAAGUAUUUAUUAAGUUAUACAGUACGACUCUGUUUUUCAUGCACUGUAUAGUAUAUCCUUUGUACAGUCAGGGUGCGAUAAUUCGCUUACCGAAGUUGCGCCAAUAUUACGGUCUGUAUUUUCAGCCAUGUACUACGUAGGUACGCGGUACUCGUGCUAUCGCCUUAGCAAGCCCAAGGAUUUCAACACCGUAAUUUAGUCGGAAUAUAGUGUAAGUCUGACAUUACUACUAUAUAAUUGGCAUUAAACAUGAUUGGACUGAUGCAGUGCUGUAAGUAACUUCGUUAAAAGUAACUAGUUACAAGUAAUCGUUACAUUUUUCAGUAACGGUAACGGUAACGUGUUACAUUUUGAGAACAUGUAACUGUAACGGUAACUAGUUACAAAAAAUGCCAUAAAAUUGAAACGAUUGCAAGUUAUUUUGCCAAAGUUACAAGUUACAUUUUGUUCGUUGCUAUACAGUAUUUGUGUACGUUUUUAAAAUGAAAUAAACCAAUACACAGUGAGGCAAGCUCUUAAUCAUCUGACACAACAGAAUCCGUUCAAGACACAAAUUUAAUCAAGGAUUGUCGUCAAAUUUAAGUACAGUUGGAACUGAUCGGAAUGCCGUCGCUGGCCUUCAAUUGGGCUUUGGCCUCGUCAUAUUUGGUCUUUGGCCUCAUUUCACUUGGCCUUGGCCCAGUCUUGAUCACGUAUUCACGUUUCUGCUUUUUCAUUGCGAAGUGAGAAGCCACUAGCCAGUGAGGGAUAUUUGAUAUAUUUUUUAAUCUGUUCGCUCAGACUGUAUAAUAGCAGAGUUUUUCAAUUUACAAUUCCAUUAAAAAAUCGAUUUGGUGGAAUUUUAUAGAUGCAUGCAGAUAAAAUCUAGUAAAUAGUUAUAAAUUUUGCCAAUAAUUUUGCCGGAAAUUUCAUUACCAUUCGGCCCAUUCCAAUUGUAUGCAUUCUUAGUUGCAAUCAAUAAAUGUAACUUGUAACUUUGUAACUAAAUUACAAAAAAUAUAUUACAACUUUGUAACUGUAACUAGUUACAUUUUGGCGUCUGUAACUUGUAUCGGUAACUAGUUAUGUUUUUGGUAAUGUAACUAUAACUGUAACUAGUUACAAAUAAACUGUAACUGUUACAGCACUGGACUGAUGGGAUGAGAUAGGACUAAGGCACGUUGUUGUCGUUUGUAUAGUGUUUGUAUUGUGCUCCUUGAUCUAUAUUGACUACUAUUACUUAAUGAAUACCUUUCAGAAACUUCUAUUAUACUUUUCAGAAACUUGUGCUUUAAGCCUGGUUUGCGUAUGAUCGUUUAAUUGUAACGGUUUGUAAAGAUUGAGUCACGAUCUUUCUUAUCAGCCGAAAUACAACAGUUUAAAACUGAAAAUAUAGGGAGAGUAGUUAUAAACAGAGAGAACAUACUAGAAAAUACAUGCAUGCAGAAACCCUCGCCUUGCUGACAAAACCAUUGUAUUUUCCGAACAUGAAUUAUCUAUAAUAAAAGUAGUUUCAUGGUAACACGAUAAUUUUUUAAUAAUAUUCUUACAAAUGAAAAAUCGCCUAAAAAUAUCACUUUUAAUUACAAAAUUGUUAAUUUCCCAACAUAUAUAUGUUAGGUAUGUUAUUAUACGUAAUAUAAGCCUAAAUUUAAGGUAAAAUUCAACCACAAACGCUUCGCAAAACGUUUUAAAGUCACUAGUGUUCUUUAUAAAACUAAACUGCUUUUUAAAAUGGCUUUAUCGAUAAACUUUGAGUUUGCAAUAAAAUUAUUUCAAAUUCUCGCUUGCAAAUAACUUUGCUUUCUUUUUUAUUUAUUUAAAAAAUUCAAUAUCAUAAAAAAGGGAAUCAAUAUUAAAGAUACACUGAAAUUAUAUGCUGCCUUGUUUUAGUGGUACGCGUAUAAAGUGGUUGCAUUUCAAAUAUCCCCAUAAACUAAAUGAAGAGAAAUUGUGGCGUCAGCAGUAACUUUCAUACGCCAGAAUACGAAUUGUACACGACAAAUCGCAGCGUGUAAAAACGUAUAGCUUAAACGUACCUUUAAAGAAUAGUGCACUUUGAGUCUUACGUUUUUGUACCAGUUCAAGUAUACGCGGCAACAAUCGUUGGAGUUCCUGUACAUAUAUGUUUAUCAUUCUGUAGCUUCUUUCACUCAAAAUUAAGGACAGCAACUUUGAGACACAAUAUAGAAGGACAGGUGAAUCUCAACAUUAAUAUUACAUUUUGCUUUUUAAAACUACUGUGUAAUGUAUAGGUUUAUUCUUUUGUAUUGAAAUAAGAUAUAUUGUCUUGUUUCCUAGGCAACACUGCUCAAUUUACUAUUACGAAAUUAUCUGCACUACAAUUUGUACGAUCAGGUAUAAUGUAAUUAAAACUUGUGCGUUUACUGUUAGCCUAUUGUUAUGGAUAUUCAUAAAAACUUAUUAGAUUUUGCUGCGACGCACGGUCUUUACGAAGUCUCAAAUUUGUUGCCAAAAAGAUUGCUGCAAUAAAAAUUUGAUAGCCCACACAAGGUUUCGUAUGCCUCAAUAUACUUUUUAUAUCAAAGUUUCUUCAAUGAUGCAAACUAAUGCAUCAUGCAUACUAAUACAAUAACUUAUUUGAUUUAUGACGCAAUUAUAGUGAAAUAAGGAAGCUCCAUGGAAACGUUAUUUCGCAUCUGCAGUAUGAUUUCUAUGAAUUAAAGAAUGAAAAUAUUGGUUGGGCACUUCAGCAACAAUGUUUUAGAUAUAAUGCCGGCAGAAUUUACAUACGUGUGUUCACACUACGCCAUCACAAUUUAAUUGUUUUCAAAUUAAAUUAGCACUCCUGUAAACCCAAAAUAUUUCGAAUGGAGCAAAAAAAAUUAAACGGAAAACAUUAGAAUUUACCGUUUUCAAUGAGACCAGAGAUGCUUGGUUUGCAAGCAGUACAAAAAAGUAACAUUGUUUGUGUUCACACGAAGCCGCCAAGCGCUUCGUUUUCAUCUCGCUCCGUUUAAAAACCCUGCUCAAAUCGUUAUGGGUAUGGCAUUUCAAAACAUUACCCGGCUCCUGUGUAUUGUGAACGCGACGGCUAAUUGUGACUUUUGUGCGCCGUUUUCAAACCGCUCCGGUAUAUUGUGAACUUAUAGUCUUCUGCUAACCGCAAACGAUAAACCUCAAGUCGUAUUUUGAUGUCAACAAUUAUCCAUUCAAAGUUGAGCCAAUGUAUACAGUACAAUAAAUUGAAGCACGAAUUAGCUAACCGUCGAAAACUUUAUCCUCAAACCUUAUCUUCAAAGUUCAAAUGCGAUUGGCUGUUAGCGGUUAGCUUUUACUGUAAACACUUAAUGUCUCUAAUGUGUCUUUAUAGGCCGACAAACUGGUUUCAAAAUCGUCCUUUCCCGAUACUGCGUCAAACAGUGAAUGGGCAAGAUAUUUAUAUUACACCGGUAGGUUUUCAUUCUUACUGAAGAAGACAUAUACCUUGUUUAUUACUGCACAGUUCCUAUGAGAGACAGCCUGUGGUUUAGUAAUGUAUACCAAGUUAUGCAUCCAGUAUUAUUUGAUAUGAAUGUGUUGGGAUGCUUUGCUAUGAUAGGCAUAAUGCUACAGUAGAAAAUGAUGUCACGACACUCCGCAAGGUUUGAGAGCCAUUUUGUACGCGGUAACUUUAGGCACCCCUCGUGUAACUACGUGCACCCCUAGCUCGUGUAACUACGUAAUUUUCGCAUGAAUCAAUGGAUAAAAACUUACUUUAUCAGAAUCCGUUGCUCCCCAAGCGAAACAGGUGCACAAUUGGGAAAAAUAUUCCUCCAAAGUUUGAUAUUUUCCCGCUUAAUUCGAAAUAUUCGAACCGCCAUUGUUUUGGUAGCAAAUACGUAUGCGCAUGUCAGUCGAACUCGCAUUGCGCACGCACGCACAGACAAGAAAAAUGGAUUUUCCCUGUGGGUUUUCCCCGCGCGAUUUCCCCCGUAUACAAAACAACAAAAUAAAAUCACGGAGUAGAGAUCAAACCUGACAAACCUUGUAAUAUUAACGAAUAAAUAAUACACACAAAUUAAAUGUUGUUUAAAACACCUUCUUGUAUAUUUUACUUGCUCAUAUGCUAAAUUACUUCAAUUCAGUGGCUAUUGUUUCAAAAUACCGUUAUAACAUUUAAUUCUACUUAUUAACAUCCUAAUUCAAUGCAAAUUUGUGCGACGUAAAAACUCACCUGCAUGUGUCAAACAGGACGGAGAAUAUAUAAAUUUUUCGCUAAACUAAAGCCUUGACCAAACGUGAAAAACAUUGUCGUGAAAAUAUUCGUGAUUUUCAAUGUUUGCUCAAAGUUUUCCCUGUCUCCAAUAUCUGGAAACAUUGGCUUUUAUUGCAGAAACAAAAUUUCCUUCCCGGAAAGCAAAAAUAUUUCCUACCAAAUUCAGAAACAUUUGGUGAAACACUCUUUCCCCGUUUGCCGACGCUGGUAAUGACAUACCGAAACAUUGGUAAGACAAAUAUAAAUAUGACAAAUAUCUUUGCGCAACAAUGUUUCACAGUUUGUCCCGGUAUUUAAAUUAAGCGAUAUUUAUAUAAACUCCUAGGAAAACCUCUGAUUGAAUUUUUAAUGUAUUAUUGAAUACUAUCAACUAUGCAAGAUAUGUUUGGCGCUUCUUAAUUUGUGCGUUCCAUCCAUCGCUUAAGUAUACUCUAUCAUACCAAUCUUGGAUUUGGACCAACUUUUCCAUUCGUUCCAACCAUCUUUUGCAACCGACGAAACCGGACUGCGCCAGUGAAGGACGUUUAACUGUGAAAGAAACAUCUCCCAGGCACCAACUCGAAAUUCAUCAUGAAAAAAGAUAAAUUGGGAGGAAAUAUAAAAUCCAUAAUAUUAUCAUAACUAUCUAUAACUGAAAGAUAUGUUUUCAUCAUUGAGCCCAGAUUUUCAUCAGUGCAAUAAAGUCCCACUUAUUGGAUCCAUGUAUUCUACAAUAAGCUGUCCUGGCUUUUGUCUGGUAAAGUUCUACUAUAUAUUAUAUUGUGACAUAAGUUGGUAUUUAGCUACUAUCUAGAAUAACAAGGAACGAUUCAACCUGGUUUUUCGUUUAAGCUCCCCCACCAGGGUGCGUUUCAGCUUCUCAGCCAUGACCAUACAUUAACCUUGUCCAUGAGAGGGAUAUACGUGUUUAUAAUAUAAGUACUGUGGAUCCGAAUGAGAAUAUCGAAUGAGUAAAUAAAUACUUAUCUACUGCACUACGCAGAUAAUACCUAUGUGCAUUACCAUAAUUGUUCUUCGUGCCAUCGAAUCCAUUGUCAUCGCCAUCAAGUUCGAAUAAUAGGCCACCAUCAUUGUCAUCACCUGACAAAUUGUUCUCGUCUGUAUUCUGGUCGGGAAAAUUUGUGCACUCGCAACAGGAACAAAGACAGUACCCUUCACAUCUGCUUUUUGACAGACACAGACACAACGUCUUGUUGAACAUCCAACCUCGUACGAGGUUGUUGAACAUCCAGACUUACAACCACAGUUAACGUUUCCAGAAUUCCAUCAGAAGCUGCCGGCAUGGUCAUCCGUCUGAUAUUGACUUGCCCUUGGUUUACUUCCCAACCAAACUCGCUGACUAAGGGGGUCUCUGGCGCACACUUAAUUCAUCAUGCAACGAUUCUUAUGAAUAAUUUUUCGAAUACAAGUUUACAAAGGUCGUGUUUUUUUUCUUGACAGGAAUAAUAAAAGCCAAGCAACUUGAGUAUUCAGAAGCGCAUAAGAAUUUAAUUCAAGCCAUCAGAAAGGCUCCACAGUUUUCUGCAGUUGGAUUCCGGCAAAUUGUAAGUUUAAUUCUUGAUGAAAACGCAUUGUUUCGUUUUGAGGUAUUAACAAAACCGCGGAUGCUUCCUCUUGCGCAAAAAAAAAACUAAACAUGACAUGACUUCAUUCCUACGCCUAUUACGUAAUACUGUUAAUGUUAAUGUUAAACUAUAAAUCACGCCACAAUUCCCAACGGUCCAAUUAGAUGUCGCCAUUCCGGAAAUGUCGAUUUCACAACGUUAGAACGGUGUACCACUAAAGUCGAUAUUUUCUAAUAUAUUUUUCAAAUGUUUGAAUGAGUUCACUGCUGUUGAAUAAUGCAUGUAGACGCAUUCUACAAUCCUGGUCAAGAAUCCUUGGCGCACUUAGUCGAAAUAGCAUAACCUUUACUUCAUUUCUGAUGACCAAAAAAUACUUGCCAAUUUUAUGCAAAAUUUCAUGUCCAAACACCCCUAUCCCCCUUAUCAAUGUUGUGUAACACCUUGGACGUAUAACACACUACAGACAACAUUGAACGGGGGGAAGGGGGGUUGCUAUGCUUGUUAUUGAAGUGAGAGUCAAAUUUCGCACAGUCAGUGUCAAGUGCGCCAAUAUUUUUGACCAGGAUUGUAGAACGUUUUGACACGAUAACAUGAUACAUUUCCUCGCGAGAAGAUCCGCGGUUUUGGUGAUAUUUUUAUAAAUAUUUUGUUAACUCUGAAAAAUAUAAAGCAGCAAAAACGUCAGAGAAAAAGGAGUUAGACUUGUUGAAAGCUUGAAAAAUGUAGAAAGAAACAGAUUCCGAAUUAGAAAAACGAUUCCUUGCCCCUUUGAAACAGCAUGAGCCAAACAAAGUAAAGCUUUAUAAAGUCUGCAUGAAAAAUAAUAAUAUAAUGGUUCGUAACGCUAGCUUAGUGUUACAUGUACAGUAUAUUGUAGAAACUGUUUCGUACAAUGCAGAAAAAAUAUUUUCCCACUUAUAGUUGAAAUAACAGUUAUCCCAUUUGACUGAUGACAAAUUAGUUCACGAGAUUACUGCAGUAAGCAGCAUUAAACGAAAUUACUUCCUUUAUAGGCACAGAAGUUUGCAAUCGUUGUUGAAUUACUUCUUGGUGAAAUUCCCGACAGAGCAACAUUUAGAGAUCCUGCUCUGAAAAAGACGUUGAUUCCAUACUUUCAGUUAACAAAAGGUUAGAGUUAGCAUCGAUACUUUUGCCAUAUUGCGACGCUUAAGCCUAUAGGUUAAACGUGCGAUUCUCCUCGCGCCUGCAACGCAACGGGUAUCUUGUUCUGCGCGGCAACGCAAUUGUAACUUGAUACCUUCGGCAAUCGAUUCUAUUUAGUUUACCAGCCAAUGAAAGUCGCUUUACUUGACAAGUGGACAGGCUAGAGAAAAAUAUAUUUGGGGCUGCAGAUCCAGUGCAGUGGACCAGUAAAAUAUUUAUCUCCAAGUUUACCCAUGAGUACUGUUGAUACAUGGCGAAAUCAGUUAAUUUCCAAAUUGUUCCAAAAUUAUACACCUUUAAACACAUAUUAGGAUCUUUAGGCGGUCUAUUGACAACAUAUAAUAAUUUUAUGCUUGUGAUGUUACUCUGAGUGCACAUCCACACCGGGCAAGCGUGAAAAACACGCCCGACCACGGUGGGAAUCGAACCUACGACCUUUGGAAUACUAGCCCAAUGCUCUGCCAACUGAGCUACGCCGUCUGGUCGGUUCGAGUAUGUGAUAUUUCGGAACAGAAUCUAGUUCCUUCGAUAUCAAUGUUAUCUUUGUUUCUGAUGCUUGUGACCGUGGCCAGGCAUAUUUUUCAAGCUUGCUCGGUGUGGAUAUACACUCAGAGUAACAUCACGAGCAUCAUAUUCACCUGAGUACAUUACACCAACACGGAAAAAUCAAUUUUGUUUCUAUCCAUCACACCACACUUUCACAGUGAUCAAACUUUUAAACUGUGUCUAAGAUUAACAGCGCUAAAUUUUGUCAAGAAAUCAUUAAUUUAGCCUCGAUUUGUAAAACUCUGACUUUGCACUUGUCUUACCAGACAAGAAAAUCAUUGCACGUGUUGCCACUUCUCUUGCGCUGGCAACGCGAUUACGUUUGUUGCGUUGUCCACGCGAGAAAAAAUCGCACGUGUAACCUUAGUUCCAAUAAGUCCUAUACGUGGCUUCUGUACGUACAUGACUUAGAUUCUGCACUUCACUUGGUAGAAUUAUCGCAGGGCCGUAGGUUCGAUUCCUACCAGAGGACCUUGUGCUGCAUUUUUCGCAGUCGUUCGUGGUUAGGUCUUAAAAUGUAUGUAUUCUCACUUGGAUUCCAAACCCUAACCUUCUGUACGUACGCACGAAAGAUGAUAUUCUUAAACUUCCACAUACAUGUAACUGUUUUUUAACAAUUUUUCUUAGCUGUACUUGCUGGAGAUCUAGGUCAAUUUAACGACGUUGUCAUGAAUUACAAAGACAAAUUUAUUGCUGAAAAAACAUAUACUUUAAUAAUUAGGUAAGUUUUAUAAUUUUUAUACCUUUUAAUUGGUGAGUUACUGUAUUGUGUUAUUGGUAUUUUUGGCACAAUUAGUGAUCGACCGAUAGUCGGCAUCCGGCCGAUUUUUACCUUAUGAGUAGACAAUCGGAAUCGGUAGAAUUAUCUAUAUUUCCGAUUGUCUAAAACCUAUUGCAUAUGCAUUGCACGUUGAUACACGUUGCGUUUUAACGCAAUAUGUUAAAUUAAUGCGUGAAGUGUGCCAUUUAUUAACAGUUUUAACGAUCUUUGGUUGCAGUAACAUGUUACGUUGGAAAUUAUCGUUAAAAAAUCGACAUGAAUGAUGUCACCUUUACUCUGUCGACUGAUAUUAUGACGUCAUUGUAAAAUCGGCAUCGGUUUCUGGCAGAUUGUGGCAUGAAUAAUCGAUAAUCGGUAAUUUCCGAUUGCCAAUCACUAGGCACAUUGAUCAGUGCAUAAUUAUGCCUUUCUCCUCUUGGACUGCAUGCACUGGCGGACACUUUAUGAAAUAUGGGGGGGCUCGUGCAGAAGGCAAGGAAAAAUUUUAAAAUUUGGAUCCCGGAAAUGUCAUUUGCAGCAUUCUGAGAACACAUUUUGUAAAAAACUAGGUUUUCAAAACACGUCUGUUUUAAUGGUGCAUUUAGUUAUAAAUCACAUGCUAAGCAUAGAAAACAAACCUUUCAGAGAAAAGAUUUACAUGAUUAUUAACAUUUGUGAAUGGAAUUGCAAGGGCAUGGUUUAAUUUAAUUAACACGCCAAUGACAAUGUAAAAAUAUAUUCGCUAAGUGAGUGAAAUUUAUUCGCUGCGCACGCUUUUGUUUUUGUCAACAUACAGUAAUUAAAAUUGGAAUGUUAAUUGAAUUAUCCGUUGUUUUUGAGCAUAAUAGUUUAAUACGCAUUCAAAUAUUAUUGUGCAGCAGAAAAAUUCGCUGCUAAACAAUAGUAUAAGCUUCAAAAACAAUAAAAAAUCGACAAUGACAUUUAAAGAAGUGCCUGUUGCAAAAAGUUGACCCCCUAGUAUCCGUCGAAAAGAAUGUAUAAAAUGUGUAUGUUGUGACAUGUACAGUACAGAAACGUAUAUUAUUAAUUUAAUAUCUUGUUUGGUAUAUUGCUUACUGUUUUAAUAGCUUACGUUUUAUCAAAUAGUUAUUAUUUAAUAUGACAAUUACGUUAUAUGAGUGUGAUUUGUGUUAUUUGGUACAAGAUUUUUACAGUCUUUCAAAAUUAUUGAAAACCCCCUAGUGUCCGCCACUGACUGCAUGUGAGAAGAGUGCUUCCAGUUAACUCUUGUUCCAAACAACGCAGAUAUUCUGAUGUCCUGAUGAACCUAUAUGUGCGGUACUGCAUGCGAUUCACUGAGCUGUAGAGUCCACUAGUUGUCGAGCAUUAACCUCAGGUUGUUGUAUAAACAAGCGUUGGUCAGAGCGCUGCAUCGGAAUCGCAAGGCCGCAGGUUCGUUUCAUGCUGGAUGACCUAGAGUUGCAUUUCUCGCAGCUGCUCUCGGUCAGCUCUAAAAUGCAUAUAAAUAUUCGUUCGAAAAUUCCAUCUACAAAUACCACAUUUGCCUUUAGUUAUACCGAACGGGGUGCCCCAAAAUCUUUAAAUCAUUAAAAAUAAUUAUUUGAUAUAUGGUAUUGCUGCAUUAUAAAUUACUUAGACUACAUCACAACGUCAUCAAAACUGGCAUCCGUAUGAUCAGCUUGUCAUAUUCCAAGAUAUCUUUGGAAGAGAUUGCUUCAAAGCUGCAGUUGGAUAGUCCCGAGGACGCUGAGUUCAUCGUAGCCAAGGUAUGACAUUGGAACAUUCUUUACUUACUAGAGAGGUUCCGGUUUACGGGUACGAGUAUCGCCAUUUUGUUUACCAAUUUUUGCUGAUGUCAGCAAUUUUACCCGUAAUUUCUACCCGUUUCCCCGCUGUAAACCGUGGUCUACACGUAAACGACAAACGGGUACGGGUGUUUUCUGUUUACUAUUUUUGGGCCGUUUAAAUAGUACAAAUUUUAACAACAUCUUACACAAAUAAAUAAUGCACAUAUGCUGGUCAAAGUUUUCAACAAUUUAUGGCGAACCUCAACAGCGAAAGUUGCCAUUCUCUGAUCGGUUUUCUCACGCCGGAGUACUUGUAUUUCUUAAGUUACAAGUUAUUCCCCGAUUUACGGGUACGUGCAGUAUAUCACCCGUAAACCGGAAUCGGGGUAUCUUAACCUUUCUAUUGUCUCUAACCUUGCCCCUAAAUGUGGAACAUGAAUUCGUUAAACAACAACCUUCGCUUCCUAAUUAGGCACAACGUUUAUAAUUUACAAUCGAUAGCUUCUAUAUUGUACUAGCUACGUUACUGCAUGCAUGUGUCUGACCUAGCACUGCAUGUGAGAUGUACUGAAUAGAACUGCAUGAUUGUGCUGUCGUUAAUGACGGGAAGGUUUGUUGGUCCAGACCAAGAGAAUAUAUUUCUCUUCCUGGCGGAAAAAUCCAAAAAUAGAAAUUUCCUGUGUGAAUCAAAUGCAAAACUUCCUCCAUAACUGAAUAUAGAUUUCAGAGAACGUAUAGACCUUAUUCAUAAAUCGUGAUGAGGCCUCGUAUCCUAGGAAACGGGAAAAAACGCGGGAAAAUUGACAAAAUGUUUUUUUUUGCUGUCGGCUAUGGCAGCUUUUUUUCGUGAAUUUUUUUGGGAGAAAACCGGUCGCUUUUAUAAUAUACUCGUUUACCGCUUUCGUUGUGGGCACAAAGUCUUAAAUUACACACAAAAUUCGUUAUAAAUCGCAAAAAGCAACAAGAAAUAAGCCGUUAAAGUCGACACAAUAGCAUCUGAAUUUGGCUUGUCAAGCAGUUUUCGCUUGUUUUCCCGCGUUUUGUUCCCGUAUCCUAGGAUACGAGGCCUCGUCACGAUUUAUGAAUAACGUCUAUGGUGUCACACAUAUAGUGAUAAGAACAAUUGUGGUGGACAAUCUCAACAAUGAGGAAAUUAUAUAUGGCACUCUAGUAUAUAUAAUAUAUGACAAAAAGUUUCCUGCGAGAUUUAAGAACAAAAAAUUUCCUGCAAGGAUAUUUUGUUAAAAAUUUCCUGGAAGUGAUGCUGCUGGCGCUGGCGGACAUUUUCCAGUACUGUGUCAGUCUUCGGUUUUAGUUUCAUUGUUACUGUAUUUGUGAUCAUUUACAUGGAGACGUUAUUAAUGAAAUCUGCACCUAUGAACAGGAGAUGAAAAUAUGUCGAUUAUAGCAGCCCCCACCUCUCCCCCAUCCUUGUCAUUCCUACGUACAAGAUGAUGAAGUUUAGUGCUUGGUUUAUCAUUACAUUGAAAAUACCGAUUUAACAACUGGGUACUGUUUAAUACAUUUGUGAUGUUAGGGUUGUACGAAAAACGCUAACUAUAAAAUUAAAACGGUGACUAUAAAAUUAAACUUAUAACGUUAAAAAAAAAACAGUACAAAGCUGUAAUAACAUGUCUUUAACUGUAUGUUUCUAUAACUGUAUAUUUUGAUCUAUCUUUUGAUAACUGCAUGUACACAACUUAAACAAUUUCUUGAAAAUUGUACACUGCUGAAGAUAAAUCAAAUCCACUGUGGAUUCAAAAUGUACAGUUAAAGAAAUUGUGUAUUGUAUAUAAAUGAUUUUUUCCGUAAUAAUUAACUUUACGUUUGACGUUUGUCAGCCGGAAAAUGAUUCUGGGUAUAGGUUAGCCACUCCUCUAUACAGCGUUGUAGAUAGGGCUUGUCUUGCAAGCGUACACCUUGGGGAUUUUUAACAAAUAUAUUUGUUAGAUGUCAAUACCUGACAUGUCUGUAUCUUAACGCGCAUGAGUCAUAUUAUUGCGUGGUUGUCAGCUUGUUUGUCUUUGACUCAUCGUACUGUUCUUCAUACUGUUUAAUAAAAAUAAUAAUAAUAAUGGUCUUUAUUCAUGAAUAAUUAAAUUACACGUUAGCCAAAGCCAGAGGCUUAUAUGGCUAUAUAGAUGGACAGCCAAAUUUCCUGAUUACUGAUUACAGUUAUAGUAAUAAUUGAAGAGACGUGAACAAUUAUUAAAUACAAAACACUGGGUACAAAAUAUCAAAGUGCAAAAUGACAAUAAAACAACAAAGAAUAUCAGUUGUUGGUUAAUAUAGUUAAUAAGCUAGAGAUAAGUAGUAAUCCUUCAAAAUACGCUUAUAAUUAAAAUAUUUUAGAGAAUUACGAAGAGUAUACGGAAUUGAGUUCCAAAUUUUUGGUCCUUGGGAUCUGAUUGAAAAUGAUAAUUUAUUAAAUGUGAAAUGAAGAUUAUGUUUUUGUCUAGUAUUGUGAUGAUGCAUUUCACUGUUUACAGUAAAAAGUGAAGCAAUAGGUUGUGGCAGGAGGUUAUUAUGUUGAAAGAUGAAGCAACUUACUUGAUAACUAAAUAUAUCAAAUAUAUUUAAUAUUUUCAUGCACAAAUGCACGAAUGUCUUAUUAAUUAAAUUUAUAAAUUUCAAUUUAGGCAAUAAGAGACGGUGUGAUUGAAGCGACUAUCGAUCACGAGAAAGGAUAUGUACAAUCUAAGGUACUGUAAUGGUGGUUGCAUUUUUUGCAGUAUUUUUUCCCAUUACUUCGCAGACAUCCAUGAAAUUUAAGUAG